CGUGUCAAACACAGCGCUAGCAUUUUCGUCUCGACAAGACAAAGGCAUCGGUUUUCUUCUUUGAAGAUUUUCGUCGAACAGUUGGUCUGCGCGUUCCCUUUUCAAUGGAGAAGAAAGAGAUCACUGGCACGAGCACUGCAGCCAGCGAUGACCCAUCACCUCCUCCCCACAAGCUUCUGCUCUCCUGCCCUUCUGGUCUUUCCCGAUCGCAGCUUUCAGUGGUUUUCGAUGAAUCAUACGAUCGGAUUCCUCACCCAGACAUCAACUUGGAGAACUCUAUUUCUGAAAUAUGGGAUCAAAGGAUUCAGAGAAACUCGUCGUUGUACAACGGGAAAAAAUUCCGGUAUGCAGGAUAUGCAUUGGCUGAAGGAGGUGGAUCUAACAAAGAGUCUCAUGUAUGCCUCCACCUUGGUCUGACUGAUUAUAGGACUUUUGUUGGGACAAACUUGAAUCCUUUGUGGGAAAAGUUCCUGGUUACUUCAGAAGACAACCCUGUACGUUGUCAACACACUUCAAGUCCGUUAGGUAAUGGUGCUAUCAUUGAGACAUCUGAUAGGAAGAUACUUGUCUUGAAAAGAAGCAAUAAUGUCGGGGAAUUUCCAGGACACUUUGUUUUUCCCGGGGGCCAUCCGGAGCCGGAAGAAGUGGGUUUAGCAUCCCAUCAAGAUGCAAAGAACUUGAUAGAUUCUGACGUUAAUAACAGGAAGGUUUCUCAAGAGAUGUUUGACAGCAUUCUUCGUGAAGUUGUCGAAGAAACUGGAGUGCCUGCUAGAUUCCUUUGCGAGCCGGUUUUCAUCGGCGUAUCACGCAGGGAGUUGAACGUUCGACCAACAGCAUUUUUCUUCAUCAAAUGCACUCUUGAGUCAGAGGAGAUUCAAAAAUUAUAUUCUAAUGCUCAAGAUGGCUUCGAGUCCACCCAUCUUUAUGCAGUUUCAAUGACAGAAUUGGAGAACAUGACAUCAAAAAUGCCUGGCUGCCAUCACGGUGGAUUUGCUCUCUACAAAUUGAUGGUAGAAGCUCAAGAGGAUAUCUAAUGAAAGGUCAUUACUACUAGGGCCUGAAGAGCUUUAAGCAACAUUUCUGAGGUUUUGAAUCUCUCUACUUUGUACUGCAUUAACAUUUGGUACAUGAUGGCAUCAGAAGAUUCUUGGUUUCUUAUUAAUAUUCACUUAUUUGUUACCUGUCAUUACAAGUGGGAUCGAACCCACAACCCCCACCCGAAACCCUCCCUAUGCCAUUAGAUCUUCUUUUGCCGUUUAAUACAAUAGAAAUACCCAGUGUACCCAUUUCAGUUAAACUACGAAGAAACCGUCUGUAUUGCCUGUCUGUCUAGCUCUGCUGGUUAGGCUUUUGGGCUGAAUUGCUAUGUUUUUAAUAGAAUUAUAAACUGGUCUUUAGUUUUCUA